AUGACGACCGAUACAGAGGCUGAGAAGCAGGCAGGCGAUGAUGCUGCGGAUCUCAAGACCGCUGUGACCACUUCAGUGACAGAAGCAGAGAGACAUGCGCCCACGACUGAUGAGAGCGCGCUGCAAGCCGAGAGUGAGCAGGAUUUUCCUGAUAACGAUUCAGCUAUAGGGGAUGAUGCUGCGAGCAGUACAGCGUCAAUCAAUUCAAGCAUCAUGGCCUAUCGCACCGAGAACGGACGAACAUACCACGCUUUCAGAGAAUCCAUCAAUUAUGUACUCCCAAACGAUUCGUCUGAGCAAGAACGUUUAGAUCUGCAACAUCAUUUGUUCACGCUCACUCUUGGCGGAAAGCUUUUUCUCAGCCCGAUUGGAGAUACCAAGCAUUUGAGCCGCGUUCUUGAUGCAGGAACCGGUACUGGCGUCUGGGCGAUUGACUUUGCCGACGCCCAUCCCGAAACCGAAGUCAUCGGCAUUGAUCUCAGCCCCAUCCAACCAAAUUUCCUCCCCACAAAUCUCCAAUUCCAAGUCGACGAUCUCGAAGACGAAUGGACCUUCUCCUACAACUUCGACUUCAUCUUCGCCCGCAUGAUGACCGGCUCAAUCGGUGACUUUCCCAAAUUCUUCGCCCAAUCCUUCAACGCGCUGAGUCCCGGCGGUUGGGUUGAAUGUCAAGACAUAACAUUUCCCGCACAAUGCGACGACGACACUCUCAAGAAGGAUUCUUACAUCGAGCAGUGGUCCAGCCUCAUGAUCGAAGCGACGAAUAAAUUCGGUCGCACGGCAGAGAGUGCGAAAUUUUAUAAGCAGCAGAUGAUUGAUGCGGGGUUUGUGAACGUUACAGAGGUUGUGUAUAAGUGGCCUUCUAACAAAUGGCCUGCAGAUCCUUAUUACAAGGAACUUGGAUUUUGGUGUAAUCACAACAUCGCCGGUGAGCUGUCUGGUCUUUCUAUGGUGCUAUUCACGAAAGGGCUUGGGUGGAGUCCUGAGGAGGUAGAGGUGUUUUUGGCAAAGGUCAGGACGGAUAUGAAGGAUAGACGCAUUCACGCUUGGUGGCCUAUACACGUUGUUUAUGGCCAAAAGCCCGAGGCCCAAGUGUGA